CUCGAUGGUGGUGAUCCCGGCCAUGGUGCCCACCCAGCCCCUGCUCGCGCUUGGCUUCCUGCCUCCUCCGCUCGGCGCCGCAGCCGCUUCUCACCCCCACUUCCGCCUGCUCCGCCCUGAAAUACCGGAACUCGCCCACCCGCCCGGAUGUGACGUCACCGCCGCGCCCUGCCGCGCCGGGCCACAGGACGACAGCCCGCCGCGCGAGCGCGGGGCGGGGCCUGCCCCUGACCAGCAAAGGGGGGCGGGGCUGCGUCGGAGACGGGCUACCAUGGCAACCGGGAGGAGCGUCGCGGUCCGGCUCCUCAGGCCCGGCGGGCUGCCCUCCCCUCCGCCCGCCCACCCGCCGCCACCCACCCGUCGGGGCACCUUGUGUCGUCCCGCACUGAGCACCCGACGCGCCUCUGCUGCCACCCACCGCACACAGGCUCCAAACCCAGGUGCCGGGACAGGCCGAGGCUUUCUGGGCCCCAUCCUCCUAAGUGCCCCACUCUGCAGCCUCCUUUCCAGGUCGGCCCGGGUGAGAAAGGUAUGCCCCCAUUUUAUCAGGAAGGAACCCUCUAUUACGGAUCACUGUUAUCGGACCCCUUCGUGCCACAGCCCCAUGAGAGCCUCUAUUCUGUGGAAUUUGGAAGGAAGAACAGGGUUCUGAACCUCGAUAAACUCUACCCUGAUGGCUUAAGAAUUUUUCCAACUCUUUUUGGAGAAAUUUGAUCAGAGAGAGGAUGGAAGCAGAAAUGAGACGUUGUCAUCUGGGUGCAGAUCAGCAGGGGGCACUGUUUACCUCCCUUUGUCCUAGUGAAUCUGCACGAGACCUUCUCUUGGGCAAACCCAAGGCUGCUGAGAGCACCACUGCAUUCCUGAGGCUGGUUGAUGUGGACAGAUAAUCUUCUCUUGAUCCAGGGAAACAGGUGGAUUGACUCCUGAUACCCUUUAAAGGCAUAAUGGAUGGGCAGCAAGGGGCCCAGUGCUAUUGUUUUCCUGGUGACCAACAAUACAGUGUAUCAGCAGGUGCAUAUGUCCAUCCCCAAUUCUCAUCUCCCAGCCCUACCACGUCUGGUAUGACUGUGUUCUAACCAUUGCACUCCUCUUUCGCCUUGUUUUACCCUAAUUAGCUUCUGACUUCACCUCGGAUUGAGAGGACCUUAGACAUCAUUGUACAACACUGUGCGUGUUCUUACUGCCCCUGAACUGUACACUUAAAAAUAGUUAAA